UCUACUUCUAGAUCAAUCAUGGCGGCGUCCGCAGGGUUACCAGCGAUCCCCGACAACUUGAAAUCUAUUCGCCCUUUCAUGCUUGUUGCCAAAGAACAUGAUGCCAGAGAUCCUGUAAUUGCAUACAUUUGUCGUCGCUAUGCCGUGGAAGUAGCACUCAAGAUGAAAAACCGAUCUGCAGAUGGUACUCAGUUUCUAGUUGCCUUGAUGGAUCAACUGGAAAAGAGAAAGAAGGAGUUGAUGGCAACGGCGGACGAAGCAAUGCAGAGUGACAUUGUCGCCUCGGCUUAUGUUGAGAACUAUGCCAUGAGGCUCUUCUUGUAUGCUGAUACGGAAGACCGCAAAGGAGUCUUCAAUAAGGGUGUAGUGAAAUCCUUCCAUACAGCCAGCACUCUCUUCGAUGUUAUGCAGACAUUUGGGGAUCUAACCGAAGAGAUUGUGCAGAAUAGGAAGUAUUCUAAGUGGAAGGCAACCUAUAUCCAUGGAUGUUUGAAGAGAGGAGAGACUCCACAAAGUGGGCCAGCUGGAGGCCAAGAAGGUGCAGAAGGGGGUGCACCCCUACCUCACCCUUCGAGUCUGCAGCCAGGGGCUCCCCCUCCCACCAUACAGCAACCAGGCUACCCACCAGCAGGGGCGUAUCCACCAGGGGCAGCAUAUCCACCGGGGGCAUAUCCCCCACCUACCGGUGGCGCUUACCCCCCAGCCCAGCCCCCAUCAAUCAACCAGCUGGCCCCUGGUGUACCCCCAGGCCAGCACGCACCCCCCUCUACCCCAGACCAGGGGGGCGGAUACCAGGCCGGUAUGCCGGGACCAAGUGCAAGCGCUUCAGGCGCAGUUGAAAUUUCCACCCAUGAGUCUGAAAAAGCCCAGAAGUUCUGUAAAUUUGCUGUCAGCGCUCUUCAGUACGACGAUGUUCCAACAGCAAUAGAGAACUUGGAGAAGGCAUUAAGUUUACUGAAAACCGGUAAAGAAUAGGAGAUGGACUUUAUGAUUUACAAGGCAUUCUAAGAAGUAUUUAUAUUUGUCAUAAUUUGGAUCAACUCUAGUAGAAUUAGGAUAUGACUUGUGAAUCGUUCACCUAUGCCGAAACAAACCGCUGCGUUUUUUGUGUGUGUACUGAAUGAAUGAAUAGCAAGUGGAGAUGAAAAAAAGUAGGUGGGCACAACAAAGGUUCUACGCUGACUUUAUGAUUUACAAGGCAUUUUAAAAAGCAUUUAAAUGUCAUGAUUUGGGUCAACUCUAUAAAGCC